UAUAGUAUUAUACCUGAAGUAUGCAAAGCCAUAUGGGAAGUUUUACAACCAUUAUAUCUGCAAUGUCCACGUAACGAAGAAGAAUGGUUAAAAAUAGCUGACGAAUUUUAUAAUAUCUGGAACUUUCCUAACUGCAUAGGAGCAGUUGAUGGUAAACACUGUCGCAUUCAAGCUCCAGCACAUUCUGGUAGUAUGUUCCAUAAUUAUAAAGGUUACUUCAGCUUUAUAUUAAUGGGCCUUGCAGAUGCAUGAUACUGUUUUAUCUGGGUGGAUAUUGGAAAUUAUGGUUCUCUUAAUGAUGCUGGUAUUUGGUCCAGCACAGACAUGUGUCAAUGCUUUAGAAAACAAUACAAUUUCAAUACCACAAGCACGUCCUAUACCCAAUACAAACAUUAUACUACCAUUUUGUAUGGUUGGUGACGAGGGUUUCCCUCUUAAAACUUAUUUAAUGCGUCCGUAUGCAAAACGAAACUUGUUAGGCAAUGAGCAAAAAGUGUUUAAUUAUAGAUUAUCAAGGGCACGCCGAAUUGUAGAAAAUGCUUUCGGUAUUCUUACCUCAAGAUGGAGAAUUUUACGAACGCCCUUAAGUUUAAAAGUAGACACUGCAGAAACGAUAAUACAAGCUGUGACUUGUUUGCAUAAUUUUAUUAUAACUACAGCAUCGAAUAACAAUUUAUAUAUACAGCCUGGUAUCGCAGAUAGAGAAAAACUUAAUGGAGACAUAAUACCUGGAAAUUGGCGAGAUUUAGCAACAAACAAUGAAUGUAUGAUUAAUUUGGGACGAGUUGGUGCAAAUAUUGGUGCAGUUACCGCUAUGAGGCAACGUGACAUUUUAGCUCGUUAUUUUAUGUCUGAAGAAGGAAGCAUACCAUUUCAAUGGCAACAUAUUUAA